AUGAUGACAGCCCUGAGGUGUGCUGUGCAUCUGACUUUUCUGUUCUUAGGAAGUUUAGCUCAGAUGACUGUUCUGAAAUCCUCUGUACAUAUACAACAAGACAGCGGUUUAAUAAGAGCUGAUGUUGGUGACAAUGUGACUCUGCGAUGUUUCUAUAAUGAGACUGCUAUAAUGUUUUACUGGUACAAACAAAGUCUGGGGGAGAAACCAAAGCUCAUGACUACCUUCUAUCGACAUGAAAACAGUGGAGUCUUUGUAAACGAAUUCAAGAACUCUUCUCGCUUCAGACUAGAUGCAGGAAAAGGUCAAAACCACCUGACCAUUUUCAAUCUGGUCCAGUCAGACUCAGCCACCUACUACUGUACGGGCAGCUACGAGUAUGAAUUUAUAUUUGUAGAGGGUGCUACUGUUAAUGUGAAGGGUUCAAGUGUUAACUCAAAGGUUUUAGUCCAUCAGCCAGGAGGCUCUGAGACUCUGAACUGUGCUGUCCGUACUGGGACCUGUGACGGAGAACACAGUGUGUACUGGUUCAAAGACUCUGAAGAGCCUCACCCAGGACUCAUUUACACCAGUGGAGGAAAGAAGGAUCAGUGUGAGAGGAAGCCUGAUUCACAAACACACACCUGUGUCUACAACUUGCCAAUGAAGAACCAGAAUCCUUCUGAUGCAGGGACUUACUGCGCUGUGGUCUCCUGUGGACGCAUACUGUUUGGGGAAGGGAAGAAGUUGGACAAAGAGCGUGAAAGUUACUCUUUGGUGUAUUUCUUUUUCGGAGCUUUGGCAUUCACCACCACACUGCUUGUUUUCCUGGCAUGUGCAACAUAUUCAGUGUACAGAAGAAACUGCUCCCGAUGUUCAGACUCCAGAUCUUCAGCCAGCUCGACUCCAAACACACGGGACAACCCAGACACAGACAGCAUCCAUUACUCUACUCUGAGGGUACAGAAGGCUAACAGCAGAUCUACAAGACACAGAGAUGACGACCUGAGUGAAUGUGUGUACUCCAGUGUGAAGCAGUAGAGCAAGAUACUUUGUGUUUGUUGGUUUUUACCAUGUAAGAAGAAAGUGUUCAAGUAAAUGUCUUUAUCAAGCAUUAUAAGUGUUUGUUCAGGCUUAUUCGGCCAUACAUUUCAUCGGGCAUUUUACUGCUGUGUACAAUGUAGAGACACAAUGUAAACUACUUGUGUCUUGGGACAUGUGGUUUCAGAUACUUGGGGGCGAUAUUUGGGCCUGUUAGCAAAGACCUGCAGAAUUGAAAGUGGAUAUGUAUGGUCUUGGACACACCCACACCUAUCUGCUAAACCACUCCCUAUAACUUAAUAGCUCAAACAUAACUAGCUGCAUUAAAAAUUGUUAAUGCUUUUAAAAUGUUUAAGUGUUUGCUUUAUGU